UAUUUAAAUGCUAUAGCUGUAUCAUAUUUUAGGAAGUAAAAUCAUAGGAUGUGUCCGUAGCUAGCUGAGGUUACAGUACAGCUGGAGAACAGGUCUAAUGUGACGAGAUUGUGUAGGUGUGGAAGUGGAAACUUUGAGCGGGAGAUUCAAAACUGAACGGCUAUUAUUGCUCGUUAGCGUCAUAAAAUUUAUGCUACCUGGACAGAUAGCUUGCUAGGAACUAAAACAAAUCCAGUCGUUUUGGCCUCUUGCUUUUUGCCAAAUUUGCUAGAUGUGUUUGAAUUAUUUAGCUAUGAUUUUGUUAUUUGUAAUGAAGAUGGGUCUGGGUAGCGAGGACAAAUUUAUUUGGCUAACCCUACCUUACGAAAUUAACUUGACAAUAACAUCGGUUAACUUUAGAUGGUAAAACGUGACCAAUGGUGGGAAAACCACACUGACCAAUAAGUUGGUCAAGGCCUUGCCUAACUGUUGUGUGGUACAUCAGGAUGAUUUUUUCAAGCCACCGGAUCAAAUAGAAGUGGGAGAAGACGGCUUUAAACAGUGGGAUGUGAUGACAGCCCUGGACAUGGAGUCCAUGGUGAACACCAUCAAAGGCUGGGUGGAGAACCCAGUCAAGUUUGCAAGAUCUCAUGGCAUCCCCGUGUCUCCUGCCACAGAGAUAAAAACUCCAGAGACCCAAAUUCAUAUUCUAAUUGUGGAGGGGUUUCUUCUGUACAACUACAAGCCUCUUAUGGACAUGUUUAACAAAUGCUAUUACAUCACCAUCCCUUAUGAGGAAUGCAAGAGGAGGAGAAGUACGAGGCAGUACACCGUUCCUGACCCUCCUGGCCUGUUUGACGGUCAUGUGUGGCCCAUGUACUUGAAGCACAGAGGGGAAAUGGAGUACAGCUGCCUGCCCAUUGACUACCUGGAUGGCUUGAAAUCUAAAGAUAAGCUGUACAGUCAGGUGUAUGAAGACAUCCACAAUACACUUUUGAAUAAUUUAUAGCAUAUGCAUCCUGACCAGCAACUCGUGUAUAGAAUUGUAAAUAACUCCCAUUAAGAUUUAUUUUUUUCUACAUUUUUUUCUUUUAGAAUGUUUUAAAGUAAGUGUACUUGUUCUGUGUAUAGGAUGGAGGGGUGUUAACUUAUCAUUUAUUUGAAGCAACAGUUUCAGGGUUUGUUUGAUAUGUGCUUUAAUUUUAUUCCUUACAUUGGCAAAUGUCAUUGAAUGCACUGCCUAGUUAUUUUAUUUCAUUUAAGUAGUAGUCUGAUUAACAUUCAGGAAACAUGUUUUUCAAAUAAAUUUUUGUUAUUGCUCAA